AUGGAAAACCUCACAACUUGGCCUGGGAGUCAACCACUCUCUGAAGCUGCCGGAGCUCUAUUUACAACCCCGUUACAGCAAUGGCUUCCGUUUGCCGCGGUCUCCCUGUUGAUCGGGUGGCCCCUUUUGACCACUUCGCUGCGCUACAAACGGCUGCACCAGCUUGAGAAGAAAUACAACUUUCCAACCCGUGAAUCUAUGGCCAAAAUGACCGAUGAACAAGCCUACGAAAUCCAACUAGCUAUCGGACAGCUCGAGUUCCCAUUCAUGUUUGUGAAGGCAUUGCAGUUCGCUCUGUUCAGGACAUACGGCAUCCCUUCAAUCUCGCACCUCCUAACCAAAACCUCCCAAUUCUCCAACCCAGAAACAUCCCUAAAACGCUACACAGACACAAGCGCCCUCGUCAACGAAAUGGUCGCAAACAGCCCGACCUCCCUCCGCGCCUUCACAUCCUUAGCCCGCACCCGCUUCCUGCACAGCGGAUACCGCGCCUCAGGCAAGAUCCUCGACACAGACAUGCUCUACACACUCGCCCUGUUCGCACUCGAGCCCAUCAAAUUCAUCAACCGCUUCGAGUGGCGCGAGCUCAGCCAAUUGGAACAGUGUGCCAUCGGCACGUUCUGGAAGAGCGUCGGUGAUGCACUGGGAAUUCCAUUUGACGAUUUGCCCUCCGGGAAAGCCGGGUUUCAGGAUGGUCUGCAGUGGCUUGAGGAGAUUAGUGCCUGGAGUAAGGUGUAUGAGGCUAAGUACAUGGUUCCUGAUGUUAAGAAUCGGGAGACAGCGGAUCAGACUACGGAUGUCAUUGUUUAUAUGCUGCCGACGGCGUUGCAUGGUGCUGGGCUGCAGUUUGUCUCGUUUAUGAUGGAUGAUCGGUUGAGGAAGGCUAUGCUAUAUGACCCGCCCACUGCAUUGAUGUCAACCGUCUUCGCAAGCUUGCUUAGCGUGCGGAAACUUUUCUUGCGCUAUUUCAUGCUCCCACGACCAUCUUUCAUGAAGGUGUUGAAUGUUUCGCCGCAGCCUGAUGAAAAGAACCGCUUCUUCUUGAAGAACUGGGAAGCUGCGCCUUACUACGUCAAGCCGACUUUCUGGAAUCGGUGGGGUCCUACCGCCUGGUUGACCUGGGCGCUGGGUCGCCCUGUUCCUGGAGAUGAGGGAGACAAGUAUUAUCCUACAGGGUACCACAUCAAUGACAUUGGACCUAAGUACUUUGAAGGGAAGGGGCAGAAGGCUAUUGAGCAGACUAUGGAGGAGUUGAAGGUGUUUAGAACGGGUAAGUGUCCAUUCCACUAG